CAGGAGGGUCCAGGGGGCCGAUAGAAGCAGCCGUGACGGACCAGAGGUCCAGGCUAGGUUUGCUGAGGAGAGGGGAAAGAAGAACCCUUACAGCCUGAGGCAGGAGAAUGACCUGUGGAAGGAAAUCCUUUUGCACUGCUGCUCAGUCACACUUGUUGAUCAGGUCCUUUGAAUCCUGAAGAGCGGAAUUUAUCUCUCAACAGAAAGAUGGAAACAAAAGCACAUUUAUUCUGCCAGGCAGAAGAAAAUAUUGACUUAUCAGAUAAUAAUUCUAAUUCUUUUGGAACCAACUUGCCAACAAGAAAUAUUGAAAGCAAGAAAUACAUCAAAGUUUCUAAAACAGUGAAGAAAGUUUCACCUGAAAUUAGGGGUUGUAAUCCAGAACAUGAAAAUACGUAUAAAACAUCAGUAUUCCUAAGUAGAGAAGAAAAAUAUGAAUUUUCAGGAGAAAAAAAGAUCAGGAGAAAGAAAACUUUACAACUGCAUAGCAGAAGAACUGAGAUUGCCUCUCCCUCUCUGAAGCUGUCAAAGGAGAAGAUGACCAGGAAAGAAAGCACUUUAUGCCAGUUGCCGAAUCAAAACAGGGUUCACAAGACUUCAUUACCUGUUUGUACAUCUUCCUCGGUUAUUCGGGAAAAGAAAAUGCAUUCUAACCUCUCCCUGACAUUAUAUGAAGAAAUACCUCAAGGACACUUUUACCAAGAAGAAUUAAAUGCACUUCUUAAAGCCUGUAAAAUUUUUGGUAAAAUUCGAAGUGGUAAGAUUUAUGUGAAUGAUCUGCCAAAGGUCCUUGGUACCUUGAAGAUUUCUCUAAGUGAUUCAGAAAUGCUGCAGGCACUAAAGACUAUUGAUAUUGAUGCAUUCCAGGAAAUCUUGGAGAGUUUUUCUAGGAUAAAAGCUGGUCGUGUUGCUAUUGAUGAAGUAGUUGCUGUUUUGAGUAACAUGAAUAUCUUUGUAAAUCCUGACACACUGGAAGAAGUGAUAAAAUAUUCCUAUAUUGACAGUAACCAGACAGUGGAUAUUGGCGAUAUUAUAUUUGUUUUGAAUGACCUACAACAACAGUAUGAAGAUGUUUCAAUUAUGGAAGAUUCAGCCCUGGAUGAAACUAUAGACAGUAAGUUACCAAAUGUAACAGGAUAUUCUCUACAACAUAAGAAAGGCAGCUUACCUUCCAGACUAUUUGAAUCUUCAAUAUUUAAGAAGUUGAAUGGAAAGAGCCUCCGACAUCAAAGUAAUAUUAUGGAGAAUGAUGAUACUGGAUUUAAAAGAUCAAGACAUUCUUGGCCAGUAGGGCGAUUCUUGGACAGGCCUGUUAGCAGUUAUGAAAUUCAUGACUCAAAGUCUGUACCACAAAGCUUGAAGAGUACUGUAAGCCUCAGUAAAUCUCUGGAUAAAAUUGAUAUUUCCGGUGUCCCAAAACUUGAGAAGCUAGCUAUGAGAAGACCUUCCACCCUUCUAAAACAGGUUUCAUCUGAGGAAAAAACUGCAAUUAAUACCCUGGAAAAUGUCUGUAAAGUUAUCAGUAAACUCAAAGAAUAUUACUUUCCUACAGAAGAACUUCAGUUCAUUUUGCCUUCAUUAGGGAUUACUUUAUUAGAUAAAGAGUUCCUGAAGAUUGGGACAGAGACUACUAGAAAUAAUGAGAGUUUGGCUUCCAAUACUUCACCUGUGGGUACAGUGACAAUGGACUUCCAGGCAACAGUGGGUGGCAGGCGAUCUGCUGGCCGUCUGUGGGUGACCUGCAGGCCAACGGUGGAUGAAAAGCAGGUGGAUGUUGGACGAAGUGUGAUGGUAUUGCCUGAUGCAAUUGAGAACCUCCGUAAUAUCAGCAAGGAACGAAUGAAUGUCUCUGACCUGUGGAACAUUCUGUCUACUUUGAAUAGUAAUUUAAAAAAAGAUGAAUUCCUCGCUGCGCUGAAAUUCACAACUGUUGAUGGUGACAAAGUACAAUUUGAUGAAUUCACAAAAGCAGUGAAGAAUAUGCGUGAUGCCUCCAGGUUAGAUGAGUUACAGGAGAUUGUAUUAGCUCUUGAUUCACUUGAAGGUGACAUGAUAUGUGGGAAGAACUUGGAAGAUUUUCUAAGAAAUAUUGGGAUUAAGUCACCUAAAGAAGAGGCAGAGAAAAUUCUUCAAUCAGAUUUUGUUUCUGAAGACAACAUGGUGAAUAUUAAAGACUGUAUGAGGGCUUUGAGGGACACCCAGAAAUUUUCCAAUUUUAUCGAUUUUAGAAAAGAGACUUUGUCUUCAAAUCUGAAACUACCAAAGAUAAAUGAGAUUAAAGAAGCUGCUCACAUCUUGUCACAUGUUGAUAAUGGCAAGAUUGAUAUACCUAACCUGAAGCAUGCCCUGAAAUGUUUGAAUGUCAAUUUAACAGAGGAGGAUGUCAAUGAAGGCCUUAAAUGUUGUGACAUCAGUGAUAAUAAGGAGGUAGAUUUAAAAGAUUUCUUAUUGGAAAUGAACGAAAAUCCACAUUUCAAAGAGUCCAAGGCUACACAACUACUUUUAGCUACUACCCAAAUUCUCCAAGAUGAUCUAAUUGAUGUCUCUGACCUCAAGAUGUUAUUGAUGAACAAUGAUCUUUAUCCAGCUAAUGCCAUACUUAAUGAAAUGUUAAGAAGUAUACCUGAACAUGAGUAUGGCAAAGUUACCAUUCAAGAAUUUAUGAGCAAGCUCUCUGAUACAUUGACAAUUCCAAAAGCUGCAGGAGCCGAAGAUAAAUUUUACAACAUAGACAUUCACAAAAAUGAUCUUACAGCUGUUUCUGAUCUUCAGCAAAAUUUAAAUGCUAUAGGAAUCUAUCUAACAGAUGACAAAAUACAGAAGACUUUGGAUAAUACCAAUCCUAGUGAUGAAGUGGUGCAUUUUAAAGAUUUUAUCAGAAAAUUGACCAACACUGAUGAAUUUGUUGAGUGCCAACGAAUAGAAGAUGCAUGGAACAUUGUUAAUAGUGUCUCUGAUGGAAAAGUUGAAGUUAAAGACCUUUUAUCUACGUUAAAGAGCCUGGAGAAACCUUUAACUGAAGACCACCCUAACUCUGCAACCGAUGAUUUAUUUAAAGAGAUUACAACUCUCGAUAACAUCAGAAAUGAUAAGAUGCCUGUAGAUGAACUGAGCUCCAAACUCACGAGUAUUGGAGUUCCAUUAAGCCAAAAGACUUUCCAGGAGAUCUUGAGACAGGCCUCUGUUGAUGAAAAUGAUGAAGUAAGUCUCAGACAAAUUUUGGAGAAUUUGAAUACAAGUAAACCAGCACCUAUAUUGGAAGAUGUAUACUCUGCCCUCAAUACUGUCGACUCGAUGAGCUGGGACAGAGUUCAAGUUAAUGACUUGAAAGAUGCUUUUGGUGACCUCAGUAUUUCUUUAAAACCUGAAGAACAUCAGAAGUUAGAGAAAACACUUGAUGUUGAUGGACUCAUCAGCAAUGGGAAAAAGGGUAAAAGUCCAGGGCCCAGCAUUUCAGUAUCCACUUCCUCCCUUCAGUACCCAUUGUGGUUGGGAAGGGAUGAAUUUUUGCUUUUGGUGGAGACGCUGGGGAUGAACCCUGGGAGGGAUGAAAGUUAG